CUCGGAUCUCCUUCAACUCUUCUGUGGGACUCCCAAGAAGUCAGCUGCACUCAAUGUGGUUCUUGGAGAAAGUGGGGGCAUCCCCUGGAGAAGGCAGCCCACUGGGUCCGUCCUUCCUGGGCUUGCCCCCCAGCCACCCUGUCCCUAACACAGCCAAGCCGGGGGGCCCUGCUGCAGCUUUUGCCAACAUAUUGACCCCAGACAGGAUCCCGGAGUUCUGCAUCCCUCCCAGGCUGGCAAAUCCUCCUCCGGCGAAGAGUCCUAGCGCAGCCUUCCAGCCCCACCGCUGCCUCACGGAGCCUGGCCUGCAGCAGGCUGCCACCUCUGCUGGGGUGUGUGCCGACCGCACCCCCAGCCCGUUUCCACUGCCCCACCUCAUCCAGGUGGAAAGCGUGGAGGAGAUCCCAGACCUGCAGGAAGAAGGCACGAACUCAGACCCCCAGUCUCAGGCUGCCCUGUCCUUGCCUCACUUCCCCAAAGCGCAGACGUCCUACGGUUUCUGCACGCUACUGGAGAGCCCUCACACCCGGAGGAAGGAAUCCAUCUUCCACAGUGACUCCUCGCUCAGCCUGGCCCUGCCCCGGCCCCGAGCCAGCAGCUAUGGGGGCAGAGAGCUCUCCUCCAGCCACCCCAUUGCCAUCCAGUCAGUGGCCUGCCGGCACCACCCGCUCAGCCGGCAGGGCCCCUGGGACAGUGACACGGCUUCUUCCAGCGAAUCCUCACCCUUCAGCUCUCCCCUCCUGGGCCGGUCACCUCCGCCGCGAGGGCCUGGCUUGCUCUUCAAAGCCCGGAGCCAGGAGGGGCUGCUGGGCAAGGCCUGGAGGUCCCGGAGCAAAUUGUCCAGCAUGGGAAGAGCCAAUUCCUUGUCCACUGAGGACAGCAGCUCCACGGACAGCAGCCCCAAUGCCAUCCGGCGGUCCUCAGACAGCCUCUUUGACCCGCUGACCUGCCGGGCCUACAGCCUGUCCCCGCUGCCCAUCUUCCCGCUGGACGUGCCCUGUGGCGGCCGGGAGAGGCUUGGCCGAGAGAGCACUGUCUGCAUGGACAAGGGCGGGCUCCUGCGGCUGUCCUCUGAGUACUGCCCCGAGAACAGGCGCCUGCGGGUCCGCCUGAUCAGCGUGGAAGGACUUUACGAGCCCUCGGCGGAGCCCAAGAACAUCAACUGCUGCAUCACCUUCUCGCUUGUGCCUGGUAAGAUCCAGAAACAGCGCAGCACCGUCAUCAAGAGGAGCCGGGACCCCAUCUUCAAUGAGGACUUCUUCUUUGUGGGCAUUGCCGAGGACGACCUCUGCAGCCUCGCAGUGAGGAUGAAGGCUGUGAAUAAAGGGUGCAGCUUGAAAAGGGACCUCGUUUUGGGGGAGAGCGAGGUUCCCUUGAUGAAGCUUUUAGCAGGUUAAAAAAAAAAGAGAGAGAAA